UAUCUGCUACAUGCAUUGGGUUCUUCACCAUAAACGCUUCUGUCAUAGGACUGGCAAUUGAGUUCUUUCUUAACACGUGACUGUAGCCUGGGCAAAGCGGGGAGUGUGAAUUCCCCCAAUUUGUGGGCGCGGCUGUAGAGUGGUGGAGCCGGAAGACGGAAGAACAAGGGGAAAAGGUUCCAAAAAAUCAAGAAAAAAUUUAUACAGUCUAGUCGGACAAAGGGAACAGGACUUGUGCCUGUGGCGCCUGCUUGGAGAGUAAGUGACAAGAAUAAUCCAAAACGAUUGUUCGAGUGAUUGAUUGAUUGUCAGCUUCUUCGCUCAUUCCAUCACUCACCUAAAAUACACAUCAUAAUGUGGCCCUUUUCUGGCUCUUCACAGCAGGCUAAUCCAAUCUCAUCCCAAGAUAAUGCAGCCGGACCAUCUACAUUAAGCACGCCACAAACACAACAACAGGAAGCACCAUCACCAACUGCUUACUUCUCUUCCGGAGAAUCCCGCUUCGAUCACACUGCUGCCAAUCCAGCCUCAUCAUAUACACCUAGCACAGCUGAGUUGUUCUCAAAUCCACAAUUCGAUGUCGCUCAACUUCAUCCUUUGGCAGGUUUAGGUCGUGAAGAUUUGGAAUAUUUGGACAUCGUAGACGCAUCUCCUUCCACGUUAGAAGGUGGACGAACAGCUUUGCCAAGUCGUGGAUGGAGUGAUGAUCUUUGCUACGGAACAGGAACAACUUACCUUUCCGGUUUGGCAAUCGGAGGAAUGUUGGGCUUCCGUGAAGGUUUGGCAAGACCGUUAGGCGUUCAAUCUCCUACUUUCCGUUUACGUUUGAACGCAGUUUUAAAUCAAGUCACCAGAAGAGGAAGCUUUUUGGGAAAUAGCGGUGGUAUCGUUGCUUUGAUUUAUAACAUCGCAGAUGCUUCUAUCGAUGCCGCUCGUGGAAAACACGAUAUGGCAGGUAGUAUUGCAGCAGGCGGCUUGAGUGGUGCCCUUUUCAAGUGCACAGCAGGAGUUCGACCGAUGGCCAUCUCAAGUGGAAUCAUGAUGGGUUUGGCAGCAGCUUGGUCAGCAAGUAAGACAGCUCUCUUCUAAUUGUCACCAAAAAGCUUGUAAUGCUACGCAUCCUGGAGCUGCAUUCUGGGAUUGCAUUCUUUGGGAGCAAAAACGCACAUCUACAAUUCAUAGAGGCACACACCUUUUUGCAAGGCAAGGAUGUCUGAUAUUCUCAUCUCCCAUCUGUACACACUAUAGACACUUUCACAACUCAAUUUGAACGGUUAGAUGUUUCCCCUU